UAAGCAAACAAAAUCCAUAAUCGCAGAACUUUAUUCUUUGUUACAUCCAUAAUCUACCUGUUACUUUUGACACGAGAUCUCAAAUACUUAGUAUAGUUAAGCCGAUGUCAAAAUAUUUGCCGUGAUCAAAGGGCCUCCACGUGCUGUCGAUGUCGUCCAAACAUUGACACGGGCCGAGCGGCGCACCCACCAGAUAACAAUACCGCGAACAAUGAACACGCCGACACACCUACAACAAACACUAAUAUACCCCGAGCUGCGAGUGACUCUCAUCAGCUUCGCUUCUCAUUUUUUCUCGAGCAUCAAGGAGCUCUGUCGGUCUUCAUUAAGCCCCUCAACAGGCCUCCUGCAUAACAUCCUGUCUUAGUUUCAUUCAUUUGUCAUAGUCAAGAAUCAAUUGAGAAACUCUAUGUUACUGCCAAUUUGUAACGUUUCCUGCCUACCUGCGUACCUGUUGGCUACAGAACAUUAUCAUGUAAUUUACUACACAGAUUACAAUUUAAUUGUUAACGCAUAACUCGCUGAUGAGCUAUAGUUUCAUACAUUGUUGUAAACUUCAUUACUCGCUUCGGAAUGCGCCGCUCUAUGUGCUAGCUGUGCAAAUCUAUGAAUGGAGACGGUGGACUACACUUUAUGGUGCCACAAAAACCGAGGCCCUUUAGAAAAUACUCCCGACGGAUACACGGAGCGCAAUAUUUACUACGCCCCCCGACCCUUUCACUUCCUCUACGGCGACAACCUGCGAUGAAGCGAGACUGCAUUACGCAAGCGCGUCGGCUAGAGCGGGACGGCAGAUUCAUUCAUAACCGAGUCCGCCAUCCGGUCCGCGUUCUGAUGGAUCACUUCAUCUCCUUCUAACGCGCAGUCUCUUGCGGAGUGCGAGCAGGUGGCACCGGAUGCUUAACGAUGUACCGGAGCUUCGAUCGGAAGCUCUUUAAAAAAACCUCGUACUCUUUCGCGUCACCGUGAGCCGAGUCAUAUCCCGGAGGAGCGAGUAUCUAGUGCAGCCGCGGCGCCGGUUCGACGCGUAUCGAAACUACAAGUGUGUCGUUGUAAUGUGAAAUUACCUCGUUUAAUGAGGGGACAGUCGCAAUUGGUGAUUUUCGUAAGCUCGCUGGGAGUGAGACGGUGCGAGCUUCGCCCCUCCGCCGAGCGCCCAUUCAGCGCGAGUAGUCGGUCGCCGGCCACAGCGACGCACGCGCGCGCCCUCACACCUCGCCAUCACCACUCUGGAUACACAACUCCUAUUUUGACAUGACCGGUUCGGAACUCGAACGCUCGCGAUCGACCUGUGUCCACACAGUGUUAGCUCACUAGUGAUAUCUCUAAUUGGUGCUUUUGAGUGAGUGACGCCGGGAAUGUACGAGAACUCGGCCUGGACAACUUUACAGUGGCCCAAAUUGCAUUAAAUGGGUAAUUGGUGUGCUGCUAUAAUUGUGAUAUCAAUAAACAAUGAACAGUGAUCAAAUAAGAAUGAACUUUUUCCCCGCCACGUGACAAUAAUAGUAACGUCAAAAUGAAAAAUAGCGAAGAGUGUUUAGACUGAUAACAAACUAACUGUAUAAACAGAAACAGUGUGAUAUUUAUUGAUCUUAUUUAAAGUUUAAGUAAUAGUGUUAAAAUCUUUGUAAAUAUAAUAUAAGUGUAAAAGACAAUAAACAAUAUCGGCUGCCGGCUUGUGACCCGGACUCGAAGAGCCCGUAGCAGACAAACAUCGAGGCGACACGGCGGCCAUCGCAGGCAUGGGAAUCAAAGUCAUGAUGAAAGCUUUCAAUAAGCCAAAAGACAUCCCGUCACAGGUGCCGCCGCUUACGCCUGGCACCAACAAGAAGAUGGCCGAGGCGCUUAAGGCUACCUUCGCCUCUUGGGAGAAGGAGCAACUGCGCCUCGGCGUACCGAAAGAUCCUCGGCAAUGGAACGAGGCGGCGGUGGCGGCGUGGCUGCGGUGGGCUGCGCGGGAGUUCUCCCUGGAGGGCGUGGCGCUGCAGCAGUUCGCACGCACGCAGGGCAAGGACAUCUGCGCGAUGGGGCGCGAGCAGUUCGUGGCCCGCGCGCCCGCCUUCAUGGGCGACAUACUGUGGGAGCACCUCGAGAUCCUGCAGAAAGACGUGGAGAAGGAGCGCUCGUUGCUGGCCAACGUCCCGCCGAACAUGUACGAGAGCAACGUGUGCCUCCCGGAGCUGCCCGAGUACAACAUCCCGCCGCCGGCACACCACUACAACAACAACAACAACACCGGUGAGUCCCAACACUAGAACAGCAACAACACUGGUAGA